GUGAAAAGCCGAAAGGAUACGAAAAUCGAGAGGAGCGAACAAGCGUCUCACGAUCGUCCAUUUGAAAUAGCAACGGCAGUAAAUCGAAGCAACUUUCUUAGUUUCUGAGCCUUGGCAUGCCACCGAUGUGUUCGCCCAAGUCGUAAUGUGAGGACAUUCAAUGCUGACAGAAAGUUUGCUGAGAGUUUGUGUCUACAUGUCCACGUUCGUGCCCAGGACAAUGCGUAUUCAUAGCAAGUGUCGCGGUGCGACUUAUCCCGGAACGAACGUGCAGCGUUUAAAUGUACCAGAUGACAAGGUGCCCUGGACUUCGCAGUGGCCCGACUACAGGCCGCCCGAGUACAGCAUACCUGGCCUCUCGUCCAAACCGUGGGCAGACCUUGAGCUGGGGGCUGAUUUCUCGCCAUGCUGGAAUACUUUGGAUGGCCAUGUCGAUAGACGGAGCCACGAGGGGACAUACGUUGUGGUUGAUUGCAGACCUCUGAAUCCUCGUGGCCGGACAGGACUCUCCGGACGGGGAAGAUUAGGGCGGUGGGGGCCCAAUCAUGCCGGUGAUCCCAUUCUGCAAUUUUUUGCCGCUACUUCCCCUCACUUUAGAUGGAAGAGAGAUGCAGGAGGCAAUAAGGUUAUGAACCAGUGCAGCCAACUGCCGGUGCUGCAGUUUGUGGCCAUUGCGAGGAGAGACUCUGGCGAGUGGGCUAUUCCUGGGGGGAUGGUGGACCCAGGAGAGCUGGUUAGUGCUACACUACGAAGGGAAUUCUCUGAAGAGGCCAUGAAUAGCUUAUCUCUAAGUGAAAAGGAUAAGCAGGCGCUGGAGAAAUCUCUCGAGUUGUUCUUCAAUGAAGGUGUUGAGGUUUAUAAAGGCUAUGUGGAUGACCCACGGAACACAGACAAUGCCUGGAUGGAGACAGUUGCUUGCAAUUUUCAUGAUGACAGUGGCAACAUCUCAGGCAAGUUCACGCUCGAAGCUGGGGAUGACGCAGCUAAGGUCAAGUGGACAGAUAUCAACAAGGAGCUCCGCCUUUAUGCCAGCCAUUCGGACUUAGUGCAUAAGGUAGUCCAGCGGCUCAAGGCUCAUUGGUAAUGAAUUCUGUUCAACCGUCACUGCCCACCACCAAAGAUGUACAUGAUUUUCUUCUACCUGGAAUGAGGUCACGUUACACAGGUCAGGGUUUCAGUUUUUCCCUAGUAUAACAGGGUUGCCAGAAACCGCUCAAAGCAAA